CCGUUUCAGUUCAUUCGGAACGGACGCACCAAGCGGACGGUUACGCCACGGGUCGAGCAGCUCACCUAGCAGUGAUCUAAAGCUCGUUUCAUCGUGUUUUUUUUUGCACGCGUGUGUAUCAUUUCUAACAUUUAAAGUUACGACUGUCUAACUAUUCGACCUAACCUCAACCAUCUGUGCACCGGUGUGUUUCGUUGGAAAAAUGGAGACUCAUCCAAUGGAUGAAUUUUGUGGCUCCCGGUUUUGGGACUUAAAUCUCACCUGGUACACGGAUGAUCCAGAUCUGACGCCAUGCUUUCAGCAAACUGUGCUUGUGUGGGCACCGUGCGCAUUUCUAUGGCUGUUUUCGUUCCUGGAGCUGUUCUAUUUGCGGAAAAGCGCCAACAAAGAUGUACCGUGGAGCAUCGUAAACGUAUCGAAGCUGCUGAUCAUCGUUUCGCUAAUCGUACUUACCGUCGUUGAUCUCGUCAAGGCAAUCUCAACAGAUGGUAUUACGGCACCAGUGUACUACUACACUCCGGUGAUAAAACUCGCAUCUUUCAUAUUUGCCGGUGUACUUGUGUAUCUCAACAAGCACUAUGGCAUGCGAACAUCAGGGCUAUUGUUCCUGUUCUGGUUCCUCUUAGCUAUCUGCAGCAUACCGCGGACUCGCACCGAAGUCAGAGCUUACAAUGCACGCGUACUCGAGGAUACAUGGGCCGAAUAUCAGUUCAUAAGCUUUCUGAUAUUCUUUUCCCUCACGUGCAUCAUGUUUCUGCUUAACUUCUUCGUCGACAAACCACCGCGCCAAUCGAAAUACGAAAUCACCGACAAGGACUGUCCGGAACUGUCUGCCAGCUUUCCGUCACGAAUCUUUUUCGCCUGGUUCGAUCGUUUGGCUUGGGUUGGAUUCAAAAAACCGCUGGAAGUGGAAGAUCUCUGGACCAUGAAACCCGAAGACUCCUCCAAAGAGGUGUCACCGGCAUUCCUUCAUCAUUGGAAUAAAACGCUCGAAAAGACGUACCAGACGCGCGAAACAAGCAAUGACGUCACGUUCAAAAAGUUGGGAAACACGGCCAGUGUAGAUUUUCGUACUACGAAAUCAAAAAACAUCGCAUCAAUUCUUCCGGCACUGAUCAAAACAUUCGGCGGAACCUUCCUGCUCGGAUCGUUCCUAAAGCUGGGCCAGGAUCUACUGACGUUCGCUUCGCCACAAAUUCUGAAGCUCAUUAUCGGUUUCGUCGACGGUGACGAACCGUUGUGGAAGGGACUGAUGUACGCAAUUACGCUGUUUGUAGUCGCUGGCACACAAACGCUGUUGCUGGGCCAGUACUUCAACCGGAUGUUCUUUGUCGGGCUGCGUAUUCGUACGGCGCUGAUUAGUGCUAUUUAUCGCAAGGCGCUCAUCAUCUCCAACAGCGCGAGGAAAGGUUCGACGGUGGGUGAAAUAGUGAAUCUAAUGGCCGUCGAUGCGCAGCGCUUUAUGGACCUGACGACGUACAUCAACAUGAUCUGGAGUGCUCCACUGCAGAUCGGUCUGGCGCUGUACUUUUUGUGGCAAAUAUUGGGCCCGUCCGUGCUGGCCGGGUUGGCAGUGAUGAUCAUUCUCAUUCCGGUGAACGGUGUGAUCGCCAACAUGAUCAAAACGCUCCAGAUCAAGCAGAUGAAAAACAAGGACGAACGUGUAAAGUUAAUGAACGAGGUGUUGAGUGGAAUUAAGGUACUUAAAUUGUACGCCUGGGAACCAAGCUUCGAACAGCAGAUACUUAAAAUCCGUGACAAGGAAGUGAAGGUGCUCAAAUCGGCCGCAUAUCUUAACGCUGGAACAUCGUUUAUCUGGUCUUGCGCACCGUUUUUGGUGUCGUUGGUCACCUUUGCCACCUAUGUGCUGGUGGAUGAGAAAAAUGUCCUGAAUGCAAGCACAGCUUUCGUUUCACUAUCGCUUUUCAACAUUCUACGGUUUCCCUUGUCAAUGUUGCCCAUGCUCAUCUCAAAUAUGGUGCAAACUAGCGUUUCUGUGAAACGUAUCAACACUUUCCUGAAUCAGGAAGAACUUGACCCUGACAAUGUACAGCACGACGAAAAAGAGUCUUCUCCGCUGCUGAUAGAAAAUGGUGUGUUCUCUUGGGGCGGUGAAGAAACAACCCUGAAAAACAUCAAUGUUCGUGUGGAGAAGAAUCAAAUUGUGGCCGUUGUCGGUACGGUCGGAUCUGGCAAGAGUUCACUGCUUUCAGCGUUCCUUGGCGAAAUGGAUAAAGUGUCGGGACGCGUCAAUACGCUCGGUCGCAUCGCGUACGUUAGCCAACAGGCGUGGAUUCAAAAUGCCACCCUCAAGGACAACAUUCUCUUCGGCAAGCCGAUGGACCAGCGGCGUUACAAUCGCGUUAUUGAAGCGUGCGCCCUUAAGCCCGACAUCGAAAUGCUCCCCGGCGGUGACAUGACGGAAAUUGGCGAAAAGGGCAUUAACUUGUCCGGUGGUCAGAAGCAGCGUGUUUCGCUUGCCCGUGCCGUUUACAACGAUGCCGAUGUGUACUUCUUGGAUGAUCCGCUCAGUGCAGUAGAUUCGCACGUUGGAAAGCACAUUUUCGAACAGGUGAUUGGUCCUACCGGAUUGCUUGCGCUGAAAACGCGCGUACUGGUAACGCACGGUAUCACUUACCUGCCAAAUACGGACAAAAUUUACGUACUGCGGGAGGGUGAAGUUUCGGAGAGUGGCACGUACCAGGAGCUGAUGGAUAAGAAGGGUGCGUUUGCUGAAUUCCUUAUUCAGCAUCUGCAGGAGGUGAGUGAAGAGGAAGAGGACCUGGAUGAGAUCAAGCAGCAGCUGGAGAACAGUGUCGGUGCAGAGGAACUGCUUAAUCAACUGAACCGUACCAACAGUAAACGAUCGCGAAGCGAAAGUACCUCCGAAACGGGCUCCGUGAAAGAUAUAUCGCGCCAAAAUUCCACUACGGAUAGUAGCUCAAGCUUACGCCGCCGAACAUCGGAAAAGGCGCCGGAGGUGACGAAAACGAAACUGAUCGAGCAAGAAAAAUCGGAAACAGGCAGUGUUAAAUGGGAAGUGUACAAGCAUUAUCUUAAGAGCAUUGGCUUGACGCUCUCGGUGGCAACCGUCAUACUAAACAUGAUCUUUCAAGGCUUCUCGAUCGGCUCCAACCUCUGGCUAUCGCGCUGGUCUACGGACGAAUCAGCCGAAAAUGAUACCAGCGUGCGGGAUAUGUACCUCGGUGUUUACGGUGCAUUCGGUGCUGGUCAAGUGCUGGCAAACUUUAUCGCUUCCCUUACGUUCGCACUUGGUGCACUGUAUGCGGCCAAAGAGAUGCACGAAUUGCUGCUGCGGUACGUGCUCCGUUGGCCGAUGUCCCUGUUCGAUACCACUCCGUUGGGUCGUGUGCUGAACCGGUUCUCCAAAGACGUCGACACGGUGGACAAUACAUUGCCACAGCUGAUUCGUUCGUUCCUUGCCCAGGUUUUUGCGGUGGUCGCCACACUGGUAGUGAUCAGUAUUUCGACGCCAAUCUUUGCCGCCGUGAUCGUACCGAUCGGUAUUCUGUACUACGCCGUACAGCGCUUCUAUGUGGCCACCUCGCGACAGCUGAAGCGUUUGGAGUCGGUAUCACGUUCACCGAUCUAUUCGCACUUUGGCGAAACCAUCCAGGGUGUGCAGACGAUCCGAGCUUACAGUGUGCAGGAUAGAUUCAUCACGGAAUCGGAUGAAAAAGUUGACUCGAACCAACUGUGCUACUGUCCAAGCAUUAUCGCAAAUCGUUGGCUUGCCGUACGGCUCGAGAUGGUCGGCAACUUGAUCAUUUUGUUUGCCGGUCUGUUUGCCGUACUCGGUCGCGAAACGAUGAACGCCGGUCUGGUCGGUUUGUCCGUAUCGUACGCACUGCAGAUCACGCAAACGCUUAACUGGCUCGUGCGCAUGACAUCCGACGUAGAAACGAACAUUGUGGCCGUGGAGCGUAUCAAGGAGUACGGUGAAACGAAACAGGAAGCGGCCUGGGAAGUGCCAAACAGCACACUGCCCCGCGAUUGGCCCGAACAGGGUACGGUAGAGUUCCGCGAUUUCCAGGUACGUUAUCGCGAAGGGCUCGAGCUGGUGCUGCGCGGUAUCUCGUUCACGGUGAAUGGCGGCGAAAAGGUCGGCAUCGUCGGCCGUACCGGUGCGGGCAAAUCCAGCCUUACGUUGGCACUGUUCCGUAUCAUUGAGUCGUCCGGUGGUUCGAUCGUUAUCGAUGGACAGGACAUUUCCAAGCUCGGUUUGCAUUCGCUUCGUUCGCGGCUUACCAUUAUCCCGCAAGAUCCGGUUCUGUUCUCCGGUACGCUGCGCAUUAACCUGGAUCCGUUCAAUGCACACUCGGACGAUGACAUCUGGAAGGCGUUGGAGCAUGCCCAUUUGAAGGCAUUCGUUAAAGGCUUGACCGCUGGAAUUAACCACGAAGUUACGGAAGGAGGCGAGAAUCUGUCCGUCGGUCAGCGACAACUCAUCUGCCUGGCUCGUGCCCUGCUGCGUAAGACCAAGGUGCUCAUUCUGGACGAAGCAACGGCUGCCGUUGAUCUCGAAACAGAUGACCUGAUCCAGCGCACCAUUCGCACGGAGUUUAAGGAUUGCACGGUGCUGACCAUUGCUCACCGGUUGAACACGAUCAUGGAUUCGGACAAGGUUAUCGUGCUAGACAAGGGCCAAAUUGUGGAGUUUGCGCCGCCAACCGAGUUGCUACAGUCGAAGAAUACCGCUUUCUACAGUAUGGCUAAGGAUGCUGGUUUGGUGUAAGGAUUGAACCUAGUGUUAAGUUCUAGUACACGAUUUUGAAUUUCAUACCACAACACCACACGGAAAAGGUGUGUGUGUGUGUGUGCGUACGCAUGUUUUACUUUUAACAUGUUCCUUUUUUCGUUUGAGUUUUCCGAUUUCUUUUUUUUUUGUAUUCUACAAGCUAAACUUUCAUAGUUUUGUGCAUUUGAUUCACAUGAGUGUUUGAUGAUUUUUUGUUUGUUUGUUUGUUUUGUUUCUUCUUCAUUUUUUUGUUUAAUUAAUUGCUAGAGAUAAUUAAACUAUUAAACAUUCGUUUGUUUUGCUUGCGUCAUGCUGCCGCACUAACCCAUUAGUUUAUUUUGUGAAUUUAUGAUGGUUUAUUUUUUGUUUCUCGUACGACGAGAAUUCCGACGAAACAACACAUUCUACACUCAUAGAUACUUAAUGGAAAAGCAUAUAGGCUAUACCACAUUCGUGCACGUUUUUGCAUUUACUUAAAAUGUUCGUAUUUACUUACAAUUAGUUAACUGUUACUAUGCUAAAUGAUGUUUACUUAAAAUUGCGAGUUAUUUUUUUGUUUUGUUUUGUAACAAAUUCAACUUUAAAACCUUCAACAAGCCAACCAAUAGAAUACAUACUCAUGUACUUACUACGGGAUACGGGUAAGGGCGAAUGUAAUGUUCCAGUAUUUUGUAAACAAAUCGUAGAUUCACUACACCGGAUGAAUCAUACACAUCACACAAUUAAAUGUAAAAUAGCAACGUUAGCAAAAAAAAAACAAAAUAUAAUAAACAUGUACAAUGGCCUUGGAUAAAACAGCUGGCUACGUACCCUGCAGAGGGAAUAGAAUUUUCGUUUCGUAGAAACAAGUUGUGUACUAAACGUUUUUUUUUCUUAGAGCGUCGUGCAUGUGUUCAAUUAUUUGGCAGAUUUCGAUAUUCUCAACCGGAUUAUAUUUUAUAGGGCUAAGAGUCUAUUUUAGUUUAGAGAUGCAAAUUUAUUGUUUUUUAAAUCAUUAGUAAUAAAGGAAGAAAAAUUAACAACAAAACAUUGUAAGAAGGGAAGCAGGUUUAGCGUUAAAAAGUUGAAAGUAAAAGAAGAUAACUAAUGAUCGGAACUAACAGCGGUACAAAGAUAAAAUGAAUAACAAACGUAAGCAGGGGAAUAGUAUGUGUUCAUUUAAACCAUUACAAACCACCAAUAGCCAUAACAAUGAAACUACACCGCCGGACACCAUUUUUGGUCCCUCAAAAUGGUUAUAUUACUCGAUACUCUUUGCUACACAUUGCCGUUGUAUACAACUCUUUACAACUCUACAACUUUCGUCUAUGGACUAGUUAGGCAUGGUGUAUUAGUUACCGGUGACCGGUGCAAAAAAGAAAAAGGUUAACGAUAACAGGAUAACACAAUAGAAGCAGAAGUUCCCCGUGGACCACAAAAGAGCUCAAUGGAAACUAUCAUCAAACAAACCGUAUUGUCUACAUUUAGUGUACGUCUAAACGUUCUAAUGCAAGCAUAAUUCGCUCAAAAGUGCCUUUAUGUGUAGCUGUGGUGUACUAUAAAAAAGCAUAACAAACGCAAAACAUUAUAAGAUGAUGGAUUGCAAAACACUAAUACUUAAUUUACCUUUUUGAUUAAUCUACGCUCGAACGCGAGGUCGAAAAAGCUUAAUGCUGCUGCGUACUUCAAUACUAAUUCCUACUUUCUUUAACCCCCUAACUCCUGAAAGUGGACGAUUAUCUCAUAUGGUGCAAACAGUUUGACGAGUUAAUAAAGAAUCUUACAU